AUGCCCUACCCGGCGGCCUUCCCGACGGCGCUUCCGACGCCCAGCCCGACGCUCAGCCCGACAUUUCUUCCAGGCUGGCCGACGCCACAUCCGACGUUUCUUCCUGCAGCUGCCAUGGCUGGAUCCAUGAGCGGCGCCGGCGCGGCUGCCGCUGGCGACCCCCGUCUUCAAAACGCAGGCAAGCAUGUUCUGAUAAACGUUCCUCGUGGAAUGGGCGCUGAGGACGCAUUGUUUCGCGCGCAGGCCGAUGCGCGCCAGUUGGGUGGAUCCUGCGCGGAUAUGUAUUUCCAGGAAGUGGACGUCACAGGGUCACAGGGUCUUGGGCAGAGGCAAAUCAAGCUGGAGGCUAUCAUUACAGCGUGUCGCAGCCUGAGAACAAGGCUACGUAAUGGCUCGCUGUGGGGCUAUGAUUCCGCACAGUUGAACUGA